UAUAUAAUGCUACCAUAUUAACCAAUAUUUAAUAGAUUAACGAUUUUGUUGAAAAAAUUAAUAUUGUAAAUGACAUCAACAAGCGAUUCAAGAAUAUUAGAGGGCUUAAAACAUAUAGACAAAGCCGAAAAAUACGUUAAAAGAUCUUUGUUCAAAUGGUCAGCUGAUAAUGAUAGUGCAGCAGAUGAAUUUAAUAAAGCAGCAAUUUCAUUUCAAAAUGCCCAGGCUUAUGAAGAAUGCAAAAAUGCUUAUAUUAAAGCAGCUGACUGUUACUUGAAAAUAAACUCGCAAUCUGCAGCAGCCAGAUGUUAUGAGCACAUGGCUAUGAUACACAAAGAAAUUAAGGAAUGGAAUGAAUGUUAUCAAGCUAUUUGUAAAGCUAGUGAUUUAUUUCAACAAGAAGGUACCACGACAACAGCAAUCUUAUGUUUAAAUAAGGGUGGAAAAAUGCUGGAACGUUCCCCUCUGCCAGAGAAGAGCGCGGAUUUGUAUAUCAAAGCCUUGGAGAUCGUUGGAUCGGAGGAAGAUUCCAAUCAAUUCAGCCAACUUUGCGCCAAAGUUGCACAGAUAUACGUCCGUUUAAAUCGAUAUUUCGACGCCGUCUUCUACCUCACCAAGCAACUCGAUAGCGAUCUGAAGUCAAACAAUUUCAACGAGGUGGGCCGUUGUUGUCUAAACCUGGUCUUGGUCCAGUUAACCAGGGGGGACUCUGUUUCCGCCGAAAACGCUAUGAACCAAGCUUGCUCCUCCUUAGAAUUUUCCGGUUCAGCCUUUUGCGAAGUAUGCUUGAAAUUAAUCAGAAGUUACGAGGAAAAUGAUGGUCAGGGACUUAAGCUACUCCAAACGCAAAAUAACACUAUCAAGAAUCUGGAUACAGAGUACUUGAUAUUGGCCAGGAACCUUAAAACGCCUUUUGAGAUGGAAGGAUCUCGCGGAGAGGACGAUAAUCCUUCGGGUGGUAAGCGCGAAAAUUCGGACGACGAUUUAGAAAAGGACACUAUCGAUGAGGAGAGAAGACGCCAGGAAUUGAGCAAGUUGAACUUCGCCGAACAAUUGCAGAAGCGGUUGUCCUUGCAUCAAAACGAGCUUCCCGCUCGGAAAGAUAGCAAAGGAAAGAGAGCUAGUGCGUCAAACGAAAGGUUUUUUUUUUUUCGAAAGAAAUAUUGA